AUGUCUCCGCGGGGGAAGUACCGAACCCUUUCUGUGAAAGAAAAAUUGGCAGCCAUAGAAGAAGUUGAGGCUGGAGUGAAGAAGACUUCUGUGGCAUUGAAGUAUGGAAUCACAAAAAGUACGCUGACAACGAUUGUGAAAGCGAAAGACAAGCUGCGAAACAACGCAAGCCAUUUCGCUCCCGACAGAAAAAGGCUUAGGGAGGCGGCGCAUCCGGAGCUUGAGAAGGCAGUUUUUCUUUGGCUGAAGCGCGCUCGGAGCUGCAGUCUACCAGUAAGUGGACCAAUCCUGCGAGAGAAGGCCGAACAACUGUCUUUGCGCUUUGGAAUUGAAGACUUCAAGUGUAGUGAUGGAUGGGUGUCGCGAUUCAAGGAGCGACAUGGCCUCACUUUCAAAACAGUAAGUGGAGAAGCGGAAGCGGUCGAUGAGGCGGUUACUACCGACUGGCAGCAGACGCGUCUUCAGAGCCUACUGCUUGAAUACUCCCCGGCUGACAUUUAUAAUGCUGACGAAAUGGGACUGUUCUUCCAAGUGCCUUCUUCAGCAAACAUUGUGUCGCAAGGGGGAACGUUGCACCGGCGGAAAGCUGAGCAAGGAGCGGCUCACAGUAAUGGUUUGUGCCAAUAUGGAUGGUAG